UGAUAAAGUCAAGAUGAGGAAGACAGAUUUCUUCCGUGGCACAGGAGUCACCUACGAGUCGCAGAAGUCGUGGUUCGUGUUCCCCAAUAAGAGGAAUCAUCGACUCAACAUUGAAUUCCGCAAGAAGUUCGAGAAGAAUUCCGUUUUCUGGUUACUCAAAUUCGUGGCUAUGAAGAAGACGUUAAUGCCGGAUGGAAAGUUCUGUCUGUAUUACGAGAUAAUGCGCACCAUCGUCGUUUGGUUGAUCUGCAUGAUCAAUCCCGCUAUUUACAUUUACGAAAAGUACAUUCCCGACAUCAGAAAGUAUAUGCUAUGCGCUAACGCUCUCCUCAUCGUCGAUAUUUAUAUGCAGAUGCACGUUUGCUACUACAACGAGAACGGAUUGUUGAUCUCGCAUCCGAGCUACACGGCUCAGAACUACAUCAAAACGCGAAUGCCUUUGGACGUGUUCGCUAUGAUUCCAUUGGAUAUGAUCAUCACCAUCGUUAUCGAUAAGAGCAACAUGAAGAUUGCGGCAGGCAUCUGCAUGUACGAAGCCGUCGCCACGAUGAACAAGUUCCUCCUCAUCUUUCGCUCUCGUUGCUUGUUGCACAGCAAAAAGGUCCUCGAUAAACCAGUAUUAACGCUCGUCAUCGUUUAUUUCAUCGCGAUAUUCUUGAUUUUCUACAACUUCUUGGCCUGCAUGCUGAUGCUGACCACCGGGAAAUUUGUCUACGAACAGGACACUCAGCAGUACUACAUUAGACCGAAGAACUUUAGCUGGCUCACUGACCAUCGAAUCAUGUCUCAAGUGGAUUACGAUCUUAACGAACCGAUAUACUUUUAUCUGACCUGCUUGCGUUGGGUCUCGAUGUACGUGCUUCUGUUGGGUUACGAACGUAACGAUUUGGCUCCGGAUGGAAACGAAAAGAUAUUGAGCAUUUUCUGCUGCUUAAUUGGUUGCGAUAUUCACAGUUGGUUUAAACUUGAGUUAAUUUGAUUGCGUUAGGUUACAUGACGA